UUUAUUUGAGUAUACAUUCCAAAUAUUUAAAAGAUAAUAAAACCUUUUGACAUCACUACAAAAACAUUCAUCCCGUUCAAUUAUCUCCUUCAGCUACAAAAUUAGACAGCGUAUUUGAAAAUUCAGAAUUUUAUAAUUUGUUUGGUUCGUUUGAAAAUCUCUUAUCAUUCGAUGUGCACUGAGAAUAAGUCAUUGGUAUUCUUGUUAUUUAUAUAAAUUUCACCUCAGAAAUCUGUAGAUUAUUUUUAAUUAAUAACUAUCGACUUUAGCAGAGAAGUUAAGCAUCGUAUUUUUAAGUCUUGCAGCUAGUAUUGAUAUUCGCUUUUGAGUAGCUCUGUUAUUGCUGGAACAGAUUUUCCCUUUGAAAUAUUUAAUCUCACAGGCUGGCGACAAUUCAAGGAGAAAUAAGGGUGGGUCCCAGCCACCAGGCUCGGCUGCCUGAAUAUAAGCCCAAUAUAAAGCCUUACGAAAUGCCAGAAAAGUGUGAAGCGCUUGAAGAACUAAGAUGGUAUCCUGGUGUUCCUGAUUGUGAUCUUCAGAUGUAUCUACGAGCAGCUAGAAGUAUGGCUGCAUUUGCUGGUAUGUGUGAUGGGGGUUCUGCUGAAGAUGGCUGCAUUGCUGCUUCUAGAGAUGACACAACUAUAAAUGCAAUGGAUUUAUUGCAUGAAAGUAGUUAUGAUACUGGCAAAGCCUUGCAAGCAUUAGUGAAAAAUCCGAUUCCACCUGGCAUUGAAAAGAAAUGGCAGGAGGAAGAACAAAAAAGAUUUGUGAAAGGUUUAAGACAGUAUGGCAAAAACUUCUUUAAAAUACGAAAAGAAUUACUGCCACACAAAGAAACGGCUGAAUUAGUUGAGUUCUAUUAUCUAUGGAAGAAAUCCCCUGGAGCUGUUACAUCUCGUACACAUAGACGUAAUCGUCGUCAAAAUACUUUACGUCGUAUAAAGCCUAGUCCUGUUAAACAAAGCAGACCAGCAUCUAAUGAUUUUAUUGAGGGAAGUUCUGGUAGUGAUGAAGGUGAAGAUUCAGCUGAUGAUUCUGAUUCUAGAGAUGUCACUAGUUACACUUGCCAAAAUUGUUCCACUACAACAUCAAAAGAUUGGCUUCCUGUUGGAAAAGAUUUGGCAGUUAUGUGUACAGAUUGUCGAAAUUAUUACAAAAAGCAUGGGGAAUUUCCUGCCAUUGAUUCAAAAGACUUCUUUUUCCAACCUGUAAAAGAAGAGGAAGGUGUAAAUGGAAAGCAUGUUAUGAGGACUCGUCGUUGCAAAGAAAAUCAAAGUCCAAAGACAGUCCUUAAUGAGGGUGGUACAAUAAUCAAAACAGAAAGAAAGUCUCCUGGUGUUGCCAGCACUGGUACUGCAGGCUCUCAAGAUAGAGAUAAGAAAAAAAAACAAAUCAGUGAUACUACUUCUAAAAGUAAAAAAAGGAUUAAGGAAGAAAAAAGUAGUAACUCAGAGGAUGUAAGUGAUGGAAAAUCUGAGAGUCAUAAAAAGAAAAGUAGACCGAAUAGCCCGUCUGAAUCUGUAUGUACAGAAAGUAGCGUGUCUAAUGAAGAAGUACCUCAAGAUGGUGAAGCUCCCAGUUCACCUAGUCCUGGUGCAAGUCCAGUACCGAGUCCUCUUCCCAUUCUCCCUGAAGUCGAAACACAGCCCGACCAGGAGCCUGAAUUGCCAAUGGAAAGUUCUUCGAUUUCAAACGAUAUGGAACAACCUGUUACAGUAAAAGAAGAAUAUAUCCCUCCAGUAACUCCAGAACCCUUGUUAUGCCCGGUUGAAGUAAAGCAAGAAGUUAUUGCAAAUGAAUCAGAUGAAGCAAUGGAUACUCAAGAUUCAAUGAACCCUCCUGAGCAGCUUGAACUUAUGGAAAAAAUUAAAGAGGAAAACCCAGUUCAUUCAUAUACACCUUCACCAGCAGCAUCACCUGUUCCUUUUGUUCCUCCUAUAGAUGAGCCUAUGCCCGUAUCAGAUACAAAUUCUGCAGCUCCUGAAAUUUCGGAACCCAAUCGAUAUGCCUCUCCUACUGAAGAACAGCAAACAUCUGAUGAACCUGUCAUUCAAAAUCAACCACAUUAUCCUGGACCUUCUCCUCAAGGCAUUAAAAUGGAACCUGUUGAUAUAACUGCCACUCCCCCUCCUCCUGCAAUUCAUGAACCUCCAGUCCACCAUCCUCAUGUAUAUGCUCAGUCCUCUUCAACUGCUUUUUCAAAUAGUAUAUCCAUUGCCAUGGCUAAUAGUUCUGUAUCCGGUUCAAUAUCUGCAUCAUCCUCUAUAUCUCUAUCAUAUCAUAAUCAUUCCAAAAUGCCUUAUCCCGGACAUUCUACUCUCAUUACUACCUCACAAUCAUCAAUGUCUGCUUUUAAUUAUCGACCCUUUUCUCCUCAAUACCCAUAUCCUCCUGCCUUGCCUCCAUUUCCUCAUAUGCCAGCUCAACCAAUAAAACAUAAGUACAAUACCAGUACCUCGUCACCUUCUCCGAGUACUCCUCCUCCAACAUCUUCCCCUUAUAAUGCAGCAUCUCUUGCUGCUUCCCAGCAAUAUCGUGAAUCCACUCCACCUACAAAACCUCAUAGCAAUGGAUCAACACCACCAAGCUAUCCACGUAGUUCACAGAUGUCAAGUUCAUUACAAUCACCUGCUGUAACAUCUCAUUCAUCAGUGCCUACAAUGCCUAGUUCACAUGGCUCUUCAAAAUCACCAUCAUAUGGAAUGCAAAGUCAAAACAGCCAGAGCUCAUCAAGUCAAAAAGCUGUGCCUCAGCCUGCCCACCAGAGUUCUAUGUAUUCUCAAAUGGGAAUAAAUCAACAAUCAUCUAUGAAAUCUAGCAGUCAUUCUCAUCAGUUACCAAGACCUCAUCCUCUUUCUCAACAUUCUCAAUCUGGGCUACCUACUUCAUCACAGCAUUUGCCUCCCACAGCUUAUGUGGCAAAUUUACCUCCACAAGUUGGAGCUCAAAAUCAGAUGCACAUGGCACCCGAAAGAACAAUAGAAUCUGAAAAAUGUUCUGUCAUUCAAGAACCUGUGACUAUUGAAGAAGAGGAAGAGGUUGAACCUCAUUAUCCUUAUAGAGGUCCUAGUCCUGAACCAAGAGUUGAAGAUGUUGAAUGUCACAGGAGUCAAUUUGCCAUUUUUUUGAGGCAUUGGAAUAGAGGUGAAUUCAAUUCUUGUGCAAGAACAGAUCUCACUUUCAAACCGGUACCUGAUUCUAAGCUUGCUCGAACGAGAGAAGCUAAAGCCAGAAAAGCAGCAGAAAAAGAAAGAGAAGAGACAAAAGCUCGACUGGGUUCUACACCUGAUAAUAAAUCAGGAUCUAGCUCUCAGGCAGAUGGCCAUCAUCUCAGUCCUUUUGACAGACAAUCUUCUAGAAGUGGGCCAGAUACGCCUGCUCUCAGACAGCUUAGUGAGUAUGCCCGCCCUCACGCUUCUGCCUUUCCACCUGGAUAUGCUCGCCCAGGUCAACCCAUAGGUGUUUUGCCUCAUGGAAUUGACCCCAUAUUACACUAUCAAUUAUCUUCUGGAAUGUAUGGAGCUGCAGCUAGGGAAAGUUAUAGACUUGAAAUUGAAAUGGAAAGAGAGAAGCGUGAACGGGAUCUUCAUGAUAAAAUAAAAGCUGAAUAUGAAAUGAAGGCUCGUCUUCCACCUGGAAGUUAUGAUCCACAUUGGAUGGAGCUUCAACGCAGGUAUGGUGGUCUUCAAGGAGGACCGGCUGUUGGUCUUGCUCAAGCUCAUGCUGGUAUGAAUCAUGGGCCUUUUGGUCUGUAUACACCCGCAGAGAGAGAACGACUGGGCAUUCCUCAAAAUGUACCUGUUUCUGAAGCUGCAGCCAUAGAACGCAUUAAUGCGGAACGAGCUCAUUCUGAACGGCUCAUGCUAGGAGCUGAUCCUUUAUUGCGUUUACAAAUGGCUGGUUUGGCACCUGAACUUCAUACUCAUGCUCAUACCCAUGCUCAUGCUCAUACUCAUUUACACCUACAUCCCCAUGAUGCCGUUUCAGCGGCUGCUGCGGCAGCUGCAGCAAUGGGUGUGCCUCCUCACCCAGGAAUGGAACCGGGUGUUCAUCCAUCUUCAGGAUCACAUCCACUUUUACCACCAUCAGGCUAUCCAGCUGGGGCACAGAGACCUGGUUUAAUUCCCCGUGCAGAGCUUCUUCAUCCUGCUGCCUCAGCAGGAAUGUUACGACCCCCAUAUGAUGAACAGUUUGCUCAUCAGCUCACUGCCCAGUUACACCAAGAACAAAUGCAACGACAAAUUUUAAUGGAAAGAGAAAGGUAUGCACAUAUGGGAGGUCCCAUGGCUCAUCCAUCCUCUCUUAUUUCACCACAUGAAGAAUUUCUUAGGUAUGAACAAAUGAGAGGUCCCAUGCCUCAUCCAUCCUCCUUUAUUUCUCAACAUGAUGAAUUUCUUAGACAACAGCAGCAACGAGAAAGAGAGAUAAAAUUAAGAACGUUGGAAGAAGCUGCUCGAGGUGGAAGGCCCCCAAUGAAUUGAACAUAAAUAUUUGGUUGUAUAUAAUAGUGACAUUUUUCUUCUCUUUAGAAGAAAAUUUAUAUACAUAUAUAUAUUUAUUGAAAAUCUGUGUUUGUAGAUAUGACAUAUAAGCUAAUCUAGUUGAAAUUCAGUAUUUUUAUUGUUGGUUUUAAUUAUUUCUUGUUAUUUAACAAUACUAAUGUAAUAUAGGCUUAAGAUGGAGAAAAGUAUUUUUAUUACCAGUUAAAACUUAAAUUCUAGUUAACUUGCAGCAUAUACUAGUAUUCAGUUUUUGGCAUAUGACAAUUAAAUAUUAUUCUCCAUUUUAUCUCCUUUGCUAACAGUCAGUAUUUAUGUUGCUUUGUUUUUCUAUUAAAAUCUCUGUAUCAGUUUCAAAUAUUCCAUGGUGAUUAUUCUGCAAAAUUGUUUAUUCUAAAUUGAUGAAUGUGGUUAUAAAAGCCCUCUAGUACAAAGAUACAUAUCUUUUUUUAAUUUGCGUAUUCAAAUAUUUUAUAUGGAAAUAAUUUUAAUAAUCAUCUUAGCUCUAAACUCUUUUUUAGAGUAUUUUAUAUGCCCUGUAGCUUUUAAUAUUUUCAAUGCACUUGAUGGUAUAACUAUAUUAAGACCAAAAAAUAGUAAAGACAUCAAAUUAGUUUAUUUUCUUUUUUUUCUAAAGCUGGAUGUUUUUAAAAGACCAAUAUUAUCAGAAAUCAAUUUUGUAUGAUCUGAUGUAUUCUGUUUAGAAGAGCAAAAAUGUAUGCUCAACAUGUUUUAAAAUUAGUUGUUUUCAUCCUGUUUAAACAUCAACAAAUAAUGGUGUUAACUGAAAAAAACAAGACAAUGUUUAAAAUGAUGACUAAUUUGUAACUAUUUGGUGCAGUCUAUGGACUGAAGUAAGACUAGAACCUAAUGCAGAAAACAUUGUUUUAUAGCUUUUUUUUUCUCUUUUUUUAUUUAACAAUGUCAUCUGUUCACAAAUUUAAUUGCUAACUUUAAAUGUUAUGAGAAUAAAUUACACCUGGUUUCCUUAGCAGAUCCAGCUAACCAUGCAUUUAUAUCUUCUUCUUUUUUCUAUUAAAUUUUUAAAUUAUGUAUUUUUUAAAGGACACCAGAUAAAUCCAAAGCAUGACACUGCAUAAUAAUAAUUAUUAAUUUAUUUAUUAAUAAUAUUAGAGUAAGUAAAUUAAAAAAAACAAACUUUUGCAAUGUACAAGACAAUGAUCAUAGUAUUUAUGUUUAAUUAGCAACAUUAUCUAAAAUGGAUGUAAUAGUUUCCUGUUUAACCAAGUUAUGCUAUAAAAAUGAUUUAAAACAUGAUAUAGUUGGAUUAUGUUUGUAUUAUAGUGAUAUUUUGCAAUUGUAUAUAAAUGUAUGUAAAUUAAUUUUAUAUUUAUUUUUCAGUUCCAAUAUUUUGUUAAUUAUUAAUUUUGCUGAAUAAUUUCUUCAACCCCUAAUUAUUUAAAUGUAACUUUCUCAAAUUCAUUCAUAAUUUAUCUGUUAACACAUGAAAACGUGUUUUUUUAUUAGAUUAAGAAAAAUAAAGGCUCAAAGCUAAAUACAAUAAAAAAGAAAACUCUUUUUGAUUUUGUCUAAGUCUAUAUUGGAGCUAUUCUUGUCAAAAAGUAACAUGUUUUAGCAAUCUAUUAUAUUUUUUUUAAUUCUUCGAGAACUUGUCAUUCAAUUGUGUGAAAAAGUAUUUAUGAAAAAUGAUUGCCUCUAAAUGUUCAUAACAGUAUUAAAUAUAGCUUCAAAAUAAGAAAUCAAAUUUUUAGCUUUGUCGCAUUUUUUAAAUUGUUUUACUAAUUAAAAAAUUGUGUGACAAGAAUGUUGAUUUUUAUUUUUUAAAAAUAUUUAAAUUGUGUUUUAACUUUCUACUGUUACUGAUUAAGAUUUACUAUCUGGUUCAGUGUAAGAUAAACAUUUUGUUGACUAAAAUUUUUAAUGGACAUGAAGGCUAUGGUAAAAAUUUCUUAGAAUGUGUUUGAAGUAAAUUUUAGAAUUGUAAUAAUUAUUUAAACUUAAAACUUAGCUGUAAUUUCGUUCUUCAGAUUUUUACACGUUUUCUGAUCAAAAAUCUUAAGUAUUUACAUAACUGUGGUAGAAUAUAAAACUUAUUCCAAAUUUGUGAAAAGUAAUAAUUUUAAAUCAUAUAAUUAAAUUGUAAGGUUUAAUAUUGCGAGCUAUAUGCUUAAUUUUGAUUUUUGAAACUUCAACAACUUCGCUAGUUUUGUUUUCCCUUCUGUUUUCAUAAGUUUACCAGAUUAUUUUUAUAUUAAGAUGCAGGCUGAAGAAAUAAUAAUUUUGCUUUAAAAUUUUAAUAUUUUUGUUGCAUUCUAAACUUUAAAUUCUUAUAAAGUACUUUAAAAACCAGUACAAUAAGAUGCAUUAUUUUUGUCAUUAUUUGACAUUUUUUUCUCUAAUGUAUUUGCUGAAAUUUUUAUAUUUAAAACUUUCUCUUUUUAUACUCCUUUAAUUAAAUGAUUUUUAAAAAUCCUUUUUUGCAAAAUAUUUUAUUGUAUACUGCACUUCUGAUGAGUAAUUGAAUUAAAUCAUUGUCUCAUGAUAAAUUCCAGUUUUUGUAAUCUAUGAAGAAUUUAUAUAUAUAGAUUCUUUAACAUUCUUUUGCUUCAAUUAAGAUACUUUAAAAACUAAUUUUUUUGCAAAUAUCUGUCAAAAUUUUAUCAAAGUAAACUACUCUUAAAUUUUUUUUUUUCAAUGCUCACUUGGGGAAUGCCUACAUCAUACAGGCAUCUGAAGGGCAAAUUUGUUGGCCACUUUUUCUAGGGCAUUAUAUUAGGCAGGCCAACAUUGCUCCCACAGUAAGGACAGAUAGAACAGAUAAUUAAAAAAAACAUCCAUGCUUUGCCCGGGAUUCAAUCCCAGAACCUUUCUGAUGCAAGGUGAGUUCCCUGGCCCCUACACAGGCCGGGUGGAACUGCUCUAAAUUUGGAAUGAAAUAUCAAAACUCAAUAAGUCAUCUACUGAACACUGUUUCUCUCCAUCUUUUUAAAGUUUUCAAAUGUCCUCGGAGUCAAUAGAACAAGAAAAAACAGAAAUAAGACUUAUAAGGAAUGGUGUAACCGAUACUUUAAUAUCGAUAUAUACAUAUUUAGUUAAUAUGAGCAAAUGAAAAGUUUUAUGCAAAAAAACAUAAUGGGAUAAUUGAUAUACCUAAAAUAAACAUGUAUAACAAUUUAACAAGACAGUUAAAAAUUGUGUUUAAUAUCCGCCAGGUAUGACAGCUUUAUUUCGAUAGGUAUGUUGGUAAUAGCUAAAAA